CUCCUCCUCCUCUUCCUCCGUGACGCAGCGCAGCUCCGUGCGCACAGAUGCUGGAGUGGGAGCGACAGGCGCGCUCAUCUCGGUUUGGGACUGAAACGCAUCGAAGACUGGAGAGAAGAGAAGAUCAACCCGGGUUUUGUGUCUGUCCGUCAGGAGCCUCAGACCACCGCGGAACGAUGCUCACAACGAGUCUCUCCACGAGUCUCUCCGCGGGCAGCAGGACUUAAACAAGCUGCGGUCCAUCCAUCUGGACACUUUUAUACUCUUCCUCCCUCUCUGAUAAGAAUCCAGGCAGUUCAUCCUCCAGCUUUACUCUCCUCUUUGAGGUGUUUCUAACCACCCCCCCCCCAGUUUGGGUUUCAUCUCAGCUCACGAUGUGGAAGACCUGCUGGAUCCUGAUGCUGUGGGUGUUUCUGGCGUCCGGAGAACUCGAGCAAGACACCACGGAGCAGCUGCGGAGACUCCCACCGCCGGGAAAGUUGGAUUUCGGUUAUGUGCCUGCGGGAGUUUACGAGACUCUGGCCCAUUACGAACCAGGACCCAUAGGGAUCCUGUUCCACAUGGUGCACGCGUUUCUGUAUGUGGUGCAGCCCAAUGCGUUCCCACAAGAUCUUAUUGUCAAACUGGCGAAGGACAAGUUUGGAGCCAUUCAGGCGGAAUACCAAAAGCCAGAGAACAUAGUGCUGACCCUUCAGGCCAUCUACUACGAGAUAGGCUUCCUAAUAUGUGCGGCAGUCGGCCUGCUGUUCGCCGUUCUGGUGCCGAUAAUCGGCAUCUUCUUCUGCAUGUGCCGCUGCUGUGACAACUGCGGCGGCGAGAUGCACCAACGCCAGAGGAAGAACGCGGACUGCCGGCGUGGCCUGCUGGGAACGCUGCUCUUCUCCACCUCGCUGGUCAUCACGAUCGGAGUGCUGUGCGCGUACGCUGCCAACCAGAACCUGAGCUCUCAGGUGAAGAACAUACGCAGAUUGGUCAACAGCAACAUGAGGGACCUGCACACCUUCGCCAAUGAUACGCCAAUGCAAAUUGAUUACCUAAUAUCCCAAUACGCCACCGCCAAGAACAAAGUCAUCUAUGACCUAGAUAAUAUAGGUCCGUUAUUGGGUGGAAGGAUACACGAUCAGUUGGAUAAGGAGGUCCAUCCUGCCUUGGACCGAGUGCUCAAUAUGGCUGGAGCCAUGCGAGAAACAAAGGAGGCCCUGGAGAACGUCAGUGUGGGUCUGGAGGUCCUCCAGGAAGGAACAGGGAAGCUCAACUUCAACCUGAGCCUGGUCCGGACCAGUAUCAACCGCACACUCAACGACCCCGGCUGUCACGAUGAGGAGUCAGACGCCACCUCUGCCCAGCUGUGCCGCAACAUCCGCCAGUCACUGUCCCAGCUGCAGAUCGGCGCCAACUUCACACGGCUACCCAAGGUGAACGCACAGCUGGAAAAGGUGAAACAUGUAUUGAGAACGGACCUCAGUGCCAUCGUUCAGAGGGGCUACGCCUCUUUAAACGACACGCCACACAUGGUGAUUGAACAGACGAGAAGUGUUGUGGAGAGUGUUCAGAGUUUGGUGGACGGCAUCGGCAAUAACAUCAGCAGCUUUUCCAAGGUGUUCCCUGUGCAGAGUUGCCUGUCCAACUUCACUAUCUCCAUUAGCCAUGCACACGCCAAGAUUGAGGACUACUACCCUGAAAUCGACAAAAUGGACUUCUACAGGUGGAUCGGCUGUAUUGCUCUUUGCUGCAUGGUGGUCCUGGUCCUGGCCUUCAACUACCUGGGCCUGCUGUGUGGCACGCUGGGAUACGACAAGCACGCCUCGCCUACGACACGAGGCUGCAUCUCCAACACAGGAGGAACGAUGCUCAUGGCCGGCGUUGGAUUUACCAUCAUCUUCUCCUGGGUGCUGAUGGGAGUGGUGACCACCAUCUUCCUGGUUGGAGGAAACAUGGAGAAACUCGUGUGCGAACCGUUCCACACCAAAGAAGUCUUCAAGGUUGUGGACACCCCAUUUCUGGUCAACCCAGACUGGAAGAACUUCAUCCCGGGCUACAUGUACAACGACUCCGACCUGGAGCUGACAGCAGAGACUCUAUACAGUACUUGCAAAGAGAACAAAGGCAUCUACUCAGCAAUGCGUCUGGACAAAGUCUUCAACAUCUCCUUGUUCCUGAACACUACAGUGUUUACUAAGGAUGUGGUGAGUCAGCUAGAGAGUGUUAAGAUCGACCUGAGGGGAAUAAUCCUGUUAGAGGCCGAGGGGAAGCAGAACCUCCUGGAUUUCUCUGAAGCUGGGCUGUCAGAAAUCAACUAUGCAGACUACCUGGAAGAGGUCAACAAAGGAGUCACUGUGGUGGACCUGCUCUCAUUUGCCAGAGAGCUGGAGGCCCAGACAGACCUCAUGCCCAGAGGCGCUCUGCAGACCGCUCUGAAAGGCCACGCUGGCACUCUGCGGCAAAUCCACAGUCAGCAGAUCAUCUCAAUGGAGCAGGCCAUGAAAUAUGUUAGAGCGAGGAGCGCAUUGAACCAGAGUAUGAGGUUCCUGGAGAGAACAGCUACUGACCUGCCAAACAAAGUUUUAGCAGUUAUUGAUGCCAUUGAAGCUGCCCAGUACCUCAUCUCCCAGAAUGCAACACAUUUAAUCAAUCGGGAAACUGGAAAAUACACAGCGACCAUUGUGGGCUACUUCCAUCAGUACAUAGAGUGGGUCAAAACAUCCUUGAUUAUGGAGGUCGCACCAUGCAAGCCCUUCAGCAACAUGGUGGACACGGCGGAGAUCAUCGCUUGCAGUUUCUUGGUCGACUCCAUGAACACAUUCUGGAUGGGCCUGGGCUGCAGCACUCUCUUCCUGCUGCCGAGCAUCAUCCUCGCAGUGAAACUAGCCAAGUACUACCGCAGGAUGGACACAGAGGAUGUUUACGAUGACAUUGAGACAAUUCCCAUGAAAACUAUGGAAAUUGGUAAUAAUGGUUAUCAUAGUGAGAGCUCACAAGGUAUCCCAAAUCCUAUGAUGACAAGCAUCCCUACCUAUGACACAAUGAACAGGUUCCCACGGGCCUCGGCUCCUCCGAGGCACAUCGACUGGUGACAGAGAGCCGGCUCUUGUUCUGGCUCCUGAAAGUGCCCCUGAAAACUGGAACUAAAAUACACCAUACUGUUUGUUUCACGAGCCCUCGGACCAGAAGAAGCUCAAUAACAGCUGGUUUCUUUACAACAGAAGAAGAACACACAAAGCCCUUUGGCUGUUUUUUUGUCUUUAGAGAUCAACUGAACCUCCUCAACCAGGCAGAUCACAGCCUAACAGCACAGUUACCUGCUCCCCAUCCAAGAAACUCUGCCUGCAGGACAUCAAACUCUUCUCCCUCAGCAUCAAUCUGAGCCAGGCUUGUUCUGCAUUUAUUUUUUCAAAGGACUGCCGUGUCUGCGUUUACAUUUGUUCAGACACAAAACCAAGCUGAAACAUACAUUCAGCAAGAGGACAUGACAUUAACUGUGACGCCUGUUCAUAUUACUCGUUUGUGCUUAAGAAGACAGUGGAUGAAAGGUCACCCGAAGGUCAUGGCGAGCUGCUAGAGGAAACUUUUUCUCCUGCACUUAGAAUGGAUGUAUCACAUUCAACACGAGCUAAUACUAACAGUGGAACAGUCUAUCAAUACAUCUGCAAUGAAAGGUGCAAAUUAAAAUGCAAUUCAAUGUGUUAGAAAGCACCGUUUGGUUGUGAAUGGCACAUCCUUUUUAACUGCAGCAUGUGUGAGUUGGUGGGUGUUUGAGUGUUUAUUAAUGACUGAGAACCGGAUGAUUUGAACAAAGUGGUAAAAAUACAGAAACAGGUUGGUCCCAGGUGGAUUUUUGUGAUAAAUAUGAAGAAAUUUAGCAUGAGUUUUUAAAAAAAAUGUUUACAAUAUUACAAAACAUCCAGACAUGUUUGCUGGUUUUUGGUCGAAUUGCAAAUGACUGGUUGCCUUUCAGAAGUAAGUUUCACACUGGGUUUUUUUUUACAGAUAUGCUCCUUCUUACAGGGAAAAUCCACUCAAUGAUGCACUGUUAAAAUAAAUAUGUACCAGGAAUUAUUUUGUGGUGUAGUGUUUAAAAUGUACUUUACGGAACAACUUUACUAAUGUGCAGGCUGAGCGGUAGAGUAGUAGGGGCAAUUGUACUUGGGCACGGUACAACUCAAUCGUACCUAAUAUGAAAACACCCUAAAAGUAAGAUCCUGUCUCUUUAAUCAUCUUUUGGAGCCUUCAGAUUUAUCUUGGGACCAUUUAAGGAGUCCCAGCUUGGGUACCACUGUUUUAGACGGCUAAAAAGCAAAUUAUCUGUGAUGGAAAUAUCGAAGUUUGGGCAUUAAUCACAAAAAUGCAUCACCAAAUAUAAUUUUACCAACAGUGUUUGAGGUGGAUUUUCCCUUUAAUUCACAUGAAGUCAGAGCAUAACUUCUUAACAUAUCACACAUAUGACAAACGUGUCAGGCUUAUAGAUUGUUCCCUUCUAGCUGAUGAAUUGAUUAACAAGAGAAGCUAUCAUGUUGAGUUCACUAACAUGACAUUUUUACUGAGAUCUUUCUUGCUUUCAUAGUGAUGCUACGUUUUAAAGUGGAGAAAUACUUUCUCAAGCCAAAUCGUUUUUUUUUUACUGUAGGUCUCAGGUCUUUAGUGGUCUAUCAAUGAUGUGCUCAUUUUGUUUCUGCUUUUUAAAACCCUACAGUAGCUAUGGAUACAUUUUAAAGAAACUAUAUGGAACGAGUGAAUGUAUUCAAGAGCUAUUUUUUAUUUUGUAUAACUUGAUGAUGUUGGCUGAGAUAUAUGCUGAACUCUUAUCACUAAUGCGUUGGGCAAGCCAAUCCAGUUAUCCCACCCACCUCGCCUCCAUGUUUACAGGUUAGAUUUAGACAAUCCAUUCACGGGACAAUUCAAAAAGUAGAGAAACCAGUAGAAUGCGUUAUGGUUUACAAAGUUGAUGGUGUUGAUACACUGUGAAAAAUGAAUGUCCAUCUUAACAUUGAAAGUUGAAUUUGAGCUAAUUGUCUCUGAAUACGCCAACAGUGCAACAGCAGAAUAAGCUAGUCUGCCGUAACUACCUUAAAUGUAACUUUACAGAACUAAAAAUAUGAUAUGAAAACUGUCAAUAAGAUUAAAUAAAUAUGUACAUUUCAAUGUACAUUUUCACUGUAUUUUGGGUAAUUGUUUUAGAAAAAACUGACACGAUUUCGAGCUUUUUGAUCGUCUACCAAAGUUGUGUCCAUUAAAACCAACUGAUUAGCAUGAAAACUAUAGAAAAUAUUUAAUCUUCUGUACUUUAUUCCCUUUUUAUUACAUUUUUUUUAAACUUACAUCACAUUGACAAACUAAUUUAAUUUCUUAAAAUCAAAAGGAAUAAUCAUUUUAGAUAAAAGUUUUGGCCACACAAAGGGAACAGCUAGGAAGCCAGCUAUCUUUCUUACAUACAGCAUGUCAUAUAUUUGUACAUACACUAGUACUGUAUGGCUUACUGCAGUGUACGUAGUAGCCUAGUGGUAGUAGUAUAUAUAAGCAGUAUGAGGUAAAUACUGUAUACCACUGUUUUGGAUAAAGUCUUACUGUGGGGUAAAUUCAAAAAGGCUUCAGUUAGAAUAAAAUAAGCUGACAGUUUUAUACUUGUUUCUUGUUAAGAUGGACAUUUUUGAAGUAUCUGUGUGCUCACUUUGACAGGACUAUCAUUCUUGUCUGCUAGCGUCUGGAUGUGACCCAUCUUGGGAGAGAAAAAAAAAAUGGUCUGAUUUUAUUUUAAGUGCUUAAACUAGCUAUUGUGUAUCCGAACCUUCAGGACAGAUACAUCAGUAACUGGUUUGACCUGCGAUGCUCCAAAGUCGGGCACUGAUGGAGCCACUGAGGAGGAACUUAUUAUGUGGUGGUGAAAAGAGAGUGUAUAAAUUGUGAAUAAACUUUGAAAUUCAA